CAUCCGUGACCUUACUAGAUUGGUGUCAAAAUGAUUGCGUUAGAAGCGGAGCAGUCUAUGCCUAAAGAGGUGCCGAAACCGGAGCCGACCAGUUCCCGGGGGCCUCUGCAGAGGUCGAGCGCCGUUAGUCAGAAAUCCGUCGAAAUUAUGGUCCAUCAAGAAGGAUCAAAUAAUCCUUUACACAGAUCAAAACUAGCACCUAGUCGGUCAACAUCAGAAUCUCAGUCUUCUGGAAAGAAAAUCCUUAAUUUGAGAAAGACAAAGAAUUCGUCAAUCGAGUCGACAAUGAGCCUGCCUAAUCAAAAGUCUUUGGAGAAGAAACAGAGCGGGUUGAGGCAUCAGAAGACAAUUGGAGCUCACUCGGACAUAACCCUGACUACGCAGCCAUCGAUAACGGAUGACAGGAAAGCGCUCAGGGAAGCACUCUAUCAGGGUAUAUUUCACAGGCAUAGGAGAACAAUAUUCGCAGUUGGCUCGUUCCUUAGGAUGCUUAGGAGCAAAACGUCUAACUACGACUCAAUAAGGUCCGAUUCUGAUGAGAUAUAGCACCAGUAGAUUUAUAGUUAUUCCAAUUUUUAUAGUAGAACAUGGUGCCACAGACUGAUCUGCUGAUCGUGCUUUUUGUAUGAGAGAGCUACCAAAAAAAGUGAUAGGUAUUUGUAAAUUUUUUAUUUUGUAUUAAAAUGUU